GCUUAUCUUGGGAGCCACCAGGUAUUGCUCAACGGAAAGCUCUGGUGACCAGUGACAUCAGCCAUGUCAUCAAGACCUCUUGAAAGUCCACCUCCUUACAGACCUGAUGAAUUCAAACCGAAUCAUUACGCACCAAGCAAUGACAUGUAUGGCGGAGAGAUGCACAACCGGCCCAUGCUCUCUCAGCCAGCAUAUUCUUUCUACCCAGAGGAUGAAAUCCUUCACUUCUACAAAUGGACCUCCCCGCCAGGCGUGAUCCGGAUUCUCUCCAUGCUCGUCAUUGUGAUGUGCAUCGCCAUAUUUGCCUGUGUUGCCUCCACCCUUGCCUGGGACAGAGGCUAUGGAAAUGGCUUACUGGGAGGUGGCAUAGGCUACCCCUAUGGAGGAAGUGGCUUUGGUGGCUUCGGGAGUGGCUAUUCUUAUGGCUACAACUAUGGCUACGGUGGGGGCUACACUGAUCCGAGAUCGGCCAAGGGCUUCAUGCUGGCCAUGGCCGCCUUUUCUUUCAUCGCCACAUUGGUGAUAUUUGUGACCAGCGUUAUAAGGUCGGAAAUAUCCAGAACAAGAACGUAUUACUUGGCCGUGAUCAUAGCAAGUGCGAUCCUGACCGUCAUGAUGUUUAUCGCCACAAUUGUCUACAUCAUGGGAGUGAACCCCACGGCUCAGUCUUCUGGAUCGAUGUACGGUUCUCAGAUAUACGCUCUCUGCAACCAGUUUUACACACCUGCAGUUUCGGGACUCUACGUGGACCAGUAUCUGUACCACUACUGUGUAGUGGACCCCCAGGAGGCCAUUGCCAUUGUGCUGGGGUUCGUGGUGAUUGUGGCUUUCGCAUUGAUCAUUUUCUUUGCUGUGAGAACUCGGGGAAAGAUAGACCGCUAUGACAAGUCGAAUAUUCUGUGGGACAAGGAGCGUGUCUUUGAGGAGCAGCCCCCCAAUGUUGAGGAGUGGGUUAAAAAUGUUUCCGUAGGCACACAAGACAUGCACGCACCACCGUCUGACUAUGUGGAGAGAGUUGACGGCUCCAUGGUCUACCCUUCCAAUGGCAAAGUGAAUGACAAGCGGCCCUACCUCGAUUCUUCCUGCAAAUCAACACCGGUGCCGGAGGUGGCUCAGGAGCUUCCCCUAACUUCUGCUGUGGACGACUACAGACAGCCCCCUUACAGCAGCAGUGAGAACUACGAGACGCCUUCAAAAUGGACUUCUGCCAAGGGAAGAGCAGGCAAGCCCAGGAGAAGCGAGCAAGACCACUAUGAAACAGACUACACGACGGGUGGCGAGUCCUGUGAUGAGCUGGAGGAAGACUGGAUCAGGGAAUAUCCACCUAUCACUUCAGAUGAACAAAGACAACUCUACAAGAGAAGCUUUGACACUGGCCUGCAUGAGUACAAGAGCUUACGAGCAGAGCUCGAUGAGAUCAGUCAAGCAUUGUCUCGGUUGGAUAAAGAAUUGGAUGAUUAUAGAGAAGAAAGUGAAGAGUAUAUGGCUGCUGCUGAUGAAUACAAUAGACUGAAGCAAGUUAAGGGAUCUGUAGAUUACAAAAGUAAGAGGAAUUACUGCAAGCAGCUGAAGAGCAAGUUGUCGCAUAUCAAGAAGAUGGUUAGUGAUUAUGAUAAACGGAAAACAUAGAAGAUGUAUGUCGCCUUGCCUGGGAGAUGAAGGCAUGUCUGUUUCUGCAGUGUCUGUUCUCAGAAGACAGAUGACUGGAUUGUAGCCUGGCCCACCAAACCUUUGUGGUCAUUACAAAGUCUUGGUAGCUUUCAUAUCGCUAUCAAUAUCAUCAGUAUUGCAGCAUUUGAUAUAGUUUUUGAAAAUCAACUGGGCUGGAACACUCCGAUUAGGGAUUUUAAUACUUUAAACAUGGAUUCUUGUGUGAAGAACUAACUACUGUUGGAGGUUUUAAAAUCUUAAAGGAAGGUCCUGCUGUGAACUGUACUAUGAAGGUUCAUACCCAGGGCAUAUCUUAAUAAUAACAAUAAUGAACAAUAUAUAAUUCACAUAAUUGAUCUCAUUUAAUCCUCCCAGCUAUACUUUAGAGAACUGCUAUUCCUAAUCUUCCUUCUCAGGUAAGGAAACUUGGUUCCCUGCAUGGCACUCUCCAAAGUGAAACUGCUCCUGUCCUAGCGUGCUGUUUCGGUGAAGUCUGUUUGAUGAUUCCACCAAUAAAGUCCUUGCCCUUUCAUAUUUCAGUUAUUGGCAUGUACGCUGUAUGCUGCCAGUUUCCCCAACUACGUGCAGGGCUAAAAUGAACUUGUUUCAUUUUGUCCUAAUAAUAGAGAUCAUGUAAAAUUAACCAACAGAUUUAACAUUGUAAAUACACAUUUACAUUUUUAAAAUCAAAAUUUAAACUUAAUGGUUAGAGUUUUGUGUAUUUUAAAAUACUUUUUAUUUUUUAUGGUUUACAUUUUUUUUAACCCACUAGAGUUUUUCAUUAUAACUGAAUCUCCAAUUGCCUUUAUCAUUCAACUGUGACUUGAAUUGUACCUUUUAGGAAUGUUCAAGUUCUGUACAUAUUUUGUAAGGUAUUAAACCUGAUGUUCUCUUUCUGUAUUAUUCCUGUUUGAUGUUAUUAGUGCUGUUAAUACUGAGCCGUGGAAAACAUUACUCAGGGCUGUAUUUGCUUUAAGCUAUUGUGGGUGCUGUGUUUGUUGGUGGUUUCCCAAGCCUUUGGUUCUCAGAAGGCUGAUUUAUCUGGGUAUAGGAUGAACGGUAUACCAUACAACACCAAAUUAUUUCCAAUGGUGCCUUUCAAUAUCAGCGUAUUCUUAAAAAAUCAGAUUCUUCUUCAUAAAGUAAAAUUCGAUGAUAUGCUGUGUAUUUAGCCAAGUUGAUUGUGAUCAUUUCAGUUUUUAGAACUGCUCUCUCCAGUUUUGGUUUUAUGAAAGCCAUUUAAUAAUCAUCUUUAAAUCAAUCUGUACGAUGUGAUUAUGACAUUCAAAUGUAUAGGUUUUCAUAGACAAGUCUGGUGACUUUCCAAAGGCAGACUUCAAGCAACGAGGCCUCUAUCACAAUGCUUAUUGCUUCAAAUUGGAGAAAUUCUUACCUUUUGCUGUACAUACCUGUGAUACAAAAGUAAUAAUAAUCAGCUGGUGUUCAGUUCACAGCAGAUGGAAAGGGCUUUCGAGCACUUUAACUGAUUUUUACAUCUGUUAAAUUUCCAACUCCUUGUCUUGGAGAUCAGCGUACUUAAGUUUGUGAAGGCAAGUCAGCAGUAAAUAGUCUGACCAGAGAAAACGUUUUGCCUGAAUGAAGAGAGUGAUACAAGUUCGCAGUGUAAUGUUCCAUAAAGGUGUAAUUUGAAAUAAAUAAAAAAGAAUAAGAAAAUCUGUUUUCAAAUGUGGAACUUACACUAAGGGUCAUUAGCGGUGCGUACCUGUGAAAUGCUACUCAGGUGGCUUCCAAGUCCGUAAAGAAGGGGCUUCUUCCAUGUCCGACCUUGGCUCUACUGUACACCGCUGUUCCACGGAGCAUGUUGUGACACCCUGUGGUCCCUCUCCUAAAGGUUCAUUGCGGAAAGCGAGGCUCACCCUACAUGUGUGACGAUGUGUUGACCGUGGCUAGGACCAGGAAAGUAUAAGCAUACAUGUAUCCACCACCCAGAAAUAAAUGUUAAUUUUUGUUGUAUUUUUUUGAAAUAAAAUUAUCUACUGGUA